CAGGGGACUCAGGUUGGUGUCCUGGGGACCUGGGGUUUGGAGCGAGUAUAUAUUUUGUGCUUUGGGCCACUGGAACAUUCCGAGUUUAACAAAAUUCGAACCUGUUUUUCAGUCAGUGUAUAUGUUUUGUGUUUUUCAGUCAGAUUUCAGUUUACAAUCGCCAACUGACAUGAGCUCCUUUUGUAAACGGGUAAUUUUAAAUUCAACAUGACUCUUUUUCAAGAGUUUUGAGACAUUGUUUUCUCAUAUAAAACAUUGCUUUGAACACGUGCGUCUAAAAUACGUUUUUCCGGAUUUCAUCAACUGAAAUGCAGUGCUGAUAGAUAAUCACAACCAGAAUUAAUUUAUCUUGAAAAAUGUUUAUCAAAUCGAUUGUGUUGGACGGGUUCAAGUCCUAUGGACAAAGAACUGAAGUUACAGGCUUCGAUGAGCAAUUCAAUGCUAUUACUGGGUUGAAUGGUAGUGGAAAAUCAAACAUUCUUGAUGCCAUUUGUUUUGUCUUGGGUAUCACCAAUCUCACCCACGUCAGAGCAGCCAGUUUGCAGGAUCUCAUAUUCAAGAGUGGCCAAGGAGGUGUCAAUAAGGCAACUGUAUCCAUAACAUUUGAUAAUACUAAUAAAUCACAAUGUCCUCCUGGCUUUGAAUGUUACUCGGAAAUUGUUAUAACACGUCAGGUGGUCAUGGGUGGAAAAAACAAGUACCUGAUGAAUGGCACAAAUGUACCAAAUAAGAAAGUACAAGAUCUCUUUUGUUCAAUACAACUUAAUGUAAACAAUCCUCAUUUCCUAAUUAUGCAGGGCAAAAUUACCAAGGUCCUGAAUAUGAAGCCUCCAGAGAUUCUGGCUAUGGUAGAGGAAGCAGCUGGAACUAGAAUGUAUGAAGUAAAACGACAAGAAUCCCAAAAAAUGAUGGAGAAAAAAGAGGCCAAGCUUGAAGAAUUAUCAGGGAUUUUGAAUGAAGAAGUAGAACCGAAGUUGAAACGUUUACGAGAAGAUCGUGAACAGUUUUUAGAAUUCCAGCAAAUUGAAAGAGAGUUAGCAAAACUAUUAGUUCUGCAUCAGUACUGGCAAUAUUUUCAGUCCAAAAAGGCACUAGUAAGUGCAGAGGAGAAGCUAGAUGCGGGACAAGAAGCUAAAGAAAAAAUGGAAGCACAAAUUCAGGAAUACAGUGACACAAUUAAAAAUUUGGAAGAAGAUAUAGAGAAGAUUACUCAAAGCAAGGCUACAGAUGCCGCUGAUAAGUUGCAUGAAAUUGAAGAUGAAUUAAAAAAGAAGGAAAAAGAAGAGGCUAAAGCAAAUGCUUCGUUGAAAACUAUUAAAGACAACAUAAACAUGGAGGAAAAGAAAAAAAGUCAGCUGGAAAAAAAUUUGAAAGAUGACACUAAGAGUUUGCAAGAAAAAGAACAGGAACUGAGCAAAGAUCAGUCUCUUUUUGAAACUCUGAAGGGUAAUGAUGAGAAGGAUAAUGAAGCUUUUGAUCUGGCUCAAAAGAAGUUUGAGGCACUUAGUGCUGGUAUGGAGGUCAAUGAAGAAGGGGAAGCACAAACCUUGCAGGAACAACUGAUGCAAGCAGAAGGUGAAGCUUCUAAAGUCAAUACUGAGAUCAAACAAGCCUUAAUGCAGCUCGAGUUUUGUCAGUCCAAAUUGAAGGAUAUGCAGAAAGAAGGUCGACAAAGUACAGGAGAUUACCAAAAAGAUGAAGCAGUUGCACAAAAAAAAGAAAAGGAACUGAACAUUUUACAGGCUAGGAUAGGAACUUUGAACUAUUCACAAGAAAAAAUGGACGAGCUGGUGGGUAAAAGGCGAACACUGAAUAACGAAUUACGCAAUCAAAGGGAGAGAGUUGAUAAUUUUUAUGCAAGAAGACCAUAUAUGAACUUUCAAUACACUGAUCCUGAACCGAAUUUCAACAGGAAAUCUGUGAAAGGUGUAGUUGCUCGACUUAUUAAUGUGGUGGACAAGAACGCCAGUUUGGCUCUUGAAACUGCUGCUGGAGGAAGGCUCUAUAAUGUUGUGGUGGAUACAGAAGUGACCAGCAAGAAGUUACUACAGAAAGGCAAUUUGCAACAAAGAACAACAUUUAUACCUCUAAAUAAAAUCAAAGGUAGUAAAAUUGACCCCAGUGUUGUUCGUUAUGCUCAGCAAUUGGUGGGUGUUGAAAACUGCAGGCCCGCGCUGUCCCUAAUAGAGUACGAUAACGGUUUUCAGAAUGUAAUGGAGUAUGUUUUCGGCAACGUGUUCAUCUGCAAAGAUCUUGAUACGGCAAAGAAAGUGACGUUCCACGAUAGAAUCAGGAAACGGUGCGUGACUCUUGGAGGUGAUGUCACGGAUCCAGGAGGUACACUCAGUGGAGGUGCAACUCCAAAAGGCGGUUCAGUCCUUAUGCAACUCGACGAUAUCAAACAGUUCGAGGACCAGUUGAGUGUGAAAGAAAAAGAAUUGGUCAAAAUAGAAAACGAAAUCCAAAGAAUGAGCAGUACCCAAGAAAGUUACACAACCUUACAACAGCAGAUAGAUAUGACGGAACAUGAGUUGCGUCUUGUGAAUCAGAGACUGCAGAAUACAUCACAUCACAGACAUCGGGAAGAAAUGAAUAAUCUCAAAGUUCAAAUAGAUGAGUUACAACAACAAAUAUCGGCAUGCAAAGAUACAGAAGCAAAGUGCAGGCAAAAAGCAAAAGAACUAAAAGAUAAGAUGAAAGAUUCUAAAGGUUAUAAAGAAAAACAACUGAAAGAGGCUGAAAAAGAGAUGAAAGCACUUAAACAGAAAGCGGACAAGAGUAGGAAGGCAUUUAAACAGCGAGAACAAGACUAUGCUACUUUGACCUUGGAAAUUUCUGAAUUAAAAAAAGGCCUGGACAGUAUAAGAGAGCAGAUCAAGGCUUGUGAAGAAGCUAUAGAGAAGUAUAAACAGGAAUAUGCAGAAAAUUCUACUGGUAUCACUGAACUCAAGGAAACAGUCAAGACUUUACAGUCUGAAGUGAAGAAAGCCAAGGCUGCCAUAGCUGAGAAGAAUAAAGAUAUACAAAGGAAAAACCAUGAAAAAGAAAAGUUACAAUCAAAGAUUACAGAACUAGAAUUGAAAAUAAAGGAACAUGGACACGAAUUCAAAAGCUUACAGGAUGCUCAUAAAAAUGCCAAAAGAAGGGAAGAAGAACUUUUGAAGAAAAUAAAGACAGAUCAUACGAAUUAUCAAAAAGCUGCGGAGAUGUCUUCAAAAGAGGGCUUAGAGUUAGAAUCUAAGAUCAAAAGUAAUCAAGAGAGAAAGCAAAAGUUAUCCAGAAUCGUGAAUACUAAGGCUCAAAGCAUGUUUGAAGAAGAAGAGAAAGUGUACAAUGAGCUGAAGAAAAAGAUGAGGCUGACUGAAAAAGAUCGCGAUUCUAUCAGAGAUACGAUAAAAGAUAUGGACCAGCAAAAAGAAAAUGCUUUAAAUGUUGCUUACAAACAAGUGUCAAAAGAUUUUGGGUCAAUAUUCAGCACAUUGUUACCUGGAGCUAACGCUAAAUUGGUACCUCCUCCUGGGAAAUCGAUUUUGCAAGGAUUGGAGGUCAAGGUGUCCCUCGGAGGUGUGUGGAAAGAAAGUCUGACGGAGCUGAGUGGAGGUCAGAGGUCACUAGCAGCGUUAAGUCUAAUUCUAGCGAUGUUGUUGUUCAAACCAGCACCACUGUAUAUUCUGGACGAAGUCGAUGCUGCUUUGGAUCUGUCGCAUACACAGAACAUUGGUAACAUGCUGAAAAGCCACUUCAAAAAGAGUCAGUUUAUCAUCGUAUCUUUAAAAGACGGAAUGUUCAACAAUGCAAACGUAUUAUUCAGAACAAAAUUCAUCGAUGGAGUAUCCACAGUCGCCAGAACUGUCAACAGAUCAAGAUGAACAAUAGAUCUCUGAGCAUCAUUAUCGGUUUUCCAUUCCAAUCACUGGUAAUUUAUAAAUGUCUUUGAUAAUAAGCCAGAAGUGUUUUAUUGCAUUUGAUAAUUAAAUUUUGUAUUUUCAAUAUAUAUUUUAAGUACGUAUAUAUAAUCAGAUUUUAUUGCAUUUUAUUGCUAUAAUAGUUUCUACUUUAGUCCAGAUCACAAAACUAUGUGAGUGACUAAAACGGGCAACAGACAUUGACUACAACAUAUCGACCGAAAAAGGUUAAUAAAAGGAUAUGUUUAUUGUUCAAAUAUUUAUUAUAAAUGUCCAUAUACAUAUGAUAAAUAGGGCAAUAACAAAAAUAAGUGUAGCAUACAAGGUGUAAAUAUAAGAUGCUUCUAGACGAAAAUACAAUCGUAUGCUUAUAAUUACGUGAAUUUGCAGAAACAUGUCAACCGUCGUGUAUUUGGUAGCUUUACUUAACGAAAUAUAUGUAAACUUCCUGUGCUCAUCCUUUCUUGGCGACAUAAUAUCAAACAUCAGAACUUGAGGUCUUUGAUUACUUGAGGUAGGUCUGGCAGUUUCAUCUCCUUGAUUUGCUGUGGGAUAUUCAUAUUUUUCAUUGCUGAAACAGCCCUCGCCGGGGCUGCAGCGAUUCCAGCCUGCAAAAAAAGAGUUUUCUUUUAAACGCACACGCUGCAUUGACA